UUUUCCUUUGAAAACCACCGAACUAGCGCCAAACAUCUUGGAAGGCAAAGGUGGUUGCUAUGAUGCGCUGAGGGGAGCGAUGUCAAGAUCUCUUCUUCACCGUCUCACGCCCUUCGUCUCAGCUCGGCUUCGAUACAACCAGAGGCUUCUGAGCUCUGCCGUCGAAAGCGCUCCCUCCGCAACUCAAGAUGCAGAUGCUCUCCACAUGACGGAUAAUUGCAUUCGAAGACUGAAAGAAUUGCAUGCUAAAGAAGCAACCAUGGAAGGAAAAAUGCUUCGGUUGAGUGUAGAGACAGGUGGAUGUUCUGGAUUCCAGUAUGUCUUCUUGGUUGAUGACAAAACCAACCCUGAUGACAGAGUUUUCGAGAGGGAAGGUGUUAAGCUGGUUGUUGAUAAUAUCUCAUAUGACUUCGUCAAAGGUGCAACUGUUGAUUAUGUUGAGGAGUUAAUUCGCUCUGCUUUCCUGGUAACUACAAAUCCCAGUGCAGUUGGCGGGUGUAGUUGUAAGAGCUCUUUCAUGGUGAAAUAGCAAUUCUUGUGAAUUCCUUUUUCUAGCACGGCAUCCCUGUCAUGGAUAUUUGCAGAUAGACAUAAUAUUUUAGCAAACUAGAAUCAUGUCACUUUUUGUAUCAUCAUAGCUAAGCUGGAUAUUUAUGGGCCUUAUGGCUGAACCAUGAAAGCAAAUUCUGUUCGCUGUAGCAUCUCAUAUACUUGAGUUCCAUCUGUAUUCAAACAGUAACAGUCUUUUUGGAGGAAAUAAUGAUUUAAGUGGGGAAAAAGCACCUCUAGAAUGUCCUCUGAGGGACAUUUCUUCA